GGAGUUUCCAUGUGUUUUUGCAACCUGUCAAUUUAGCAGAAAUGUCACUUUUUGCUCAUUUACUGCGAUAAACUACUCGGAAGAAUCAGACGUUUGUGUCACCAGCAUUAAGAUCCACCAUGGAGCCUGUAAUGCAUCAGGUUUGGCAGAAAGUCUUCCAGCGCCUCCACAGAACCUCAGUUCUUUCCAGGAGGAGCCACUCAGGCUGUGCUGAGCAUGCCACUGUUCCUGCUUCCACUCAAUCCAGACAGAUCAAACCCACACUGCUGGUGUCCCGCCUGUACCAGCCCUCGAACCUGCGAGAUGUUGGACCAGAAAGUCGCUUGCAAGGGGAGAUGACCUGUAAGAGUCAGAGACUCAUGCAGCAGGCUGGACUCAUCCAUCCCUCCAAUCCAGGUUGCUACUACUACCUUCCUGCCACUGUUCGCUCCAUGGAGAAGCUGGUGAGAGUAAUUGACCAAGAGAUGCAGGGGAUCGGUGGGCAGAAACUGGACAUGCCCAGUUUGUGCUCAGCUGAUCUCUGGAAAACUAGCGACCGCUGGGACCUGAUGGGAAAGGAGCUGUUCCGCCUGAAAGACCGGCAUGGUGCUGACUACUGCUUAGGUCCCACACAUGAGGAAGCAGUGACGACUCUAAUCGCUCAUCAGACCACCCUCUCCUACAGACAGCUCCCUCUGCUUCUCUACCAGAUCACUCGCAAAUUCAGAGAUGAGCCGAAGCCAAAGUUGGGGCUUCUUCGAGGAAGGGAGUUUUACAUGAAGGACAUGUACUCCUUUGAUGUGAGCGAGGAAGCUGCUUACCAGACCUAUGAAUCUGUGUGUCAAGCAUACACCAGACUCUUUGCCCGCCUGGGACUGCGUUGUGUUCAGGUGCAGGCAGACACGGGAAACAUCGGCGGUACACUCUCCCAUGAGUUCCAGCUGCCGGCAGACAUCGGCGAGGACAGGCUUCUGGUCUGUGGUAACUGCUCCUUCUCUGCCAAUGUAGAGACCAUGUCAUCGGACAGAACUGACUGCCCACAGUGCAAAACUGGCACGCUGGUAGAAUCUAAGGGCAUAGAGGUCGGCCACACCUUUUACCUGGGUAAAAAAUACUCUCACAUUUUCAAUGCCACCUUCACCAAUGCCCAAAACAAGCCUAACAUUGCUGAGAUGGGCUGCUUUGGUCUUGGGGUAACUCGCAUUCUUGCCGCAGCUAUUGAGGUGAUGUCAACAGAAGAAGCUAUCCGCUGGCCGGGCCUUCUCGCCCCUUACCAGGUUUGUGUUUUACUUCCAAAGAAAGGCAGUAAGGUGGAUGAAGCAGCAGGUUUAGCUGAAGAGCUCGUUCACACUUUGGGAGACACUCUGCCUCGUUUGAGAGGUGAAGUUGUUCUUGAUGACCGUACCCAGAUGACCGUUGGUAGGAGGCUGAAGGAUGCCAGCAGACUGGGUUACCCUUAUGUAAUCGUAGUAGGGCAGAGUGCUCUAGAGGAUACACCCAGAUUUGAGGUGAUCUGUCAGCAGACAGGUGAGACAAUGUUUCUCAGUAAAGAUGGACUCUUAGAUCUUCUUGGAAGAGUGGAAACUGUAUGAAUACCAACUCUGAAUUUAGAAAUAAAUGUUUUCAUUUGAUGUUUGUGUGCAAAUUGUUUAUGAUGCAAUCAGUAAGGUGAUGGGAAAAGAAGAUAAAAGCCUUGUAUGUUUUGUCAUUUCAGAAGUUCCU